AUGGAAGUAACUAUUUUGUUGUUCAACAUUUUUGCUAUGUCAGGAGCAGAAAAUUAUGCGAAUGCUGUGGAUAAUGUUAAGGCACUGGAACCAAGGAAACUUAGUGUGAAUGCACCUGAACCAAUAAUACUUAGUGUGCAUGCACCUGAACCAAUGGAACUUAGUGUGGAGACACCUGAACCAAUAAUAAUUAGUGUGCAUGCACCUGAACCAAGGGAACUUAGUGUGAAUGCACCUGAACAGAGAAAUCUUAAUGUUAAGGCACCUGAACCAAGAAAACCUAGUGUGAAUACACCUGAACCAAUGAAUCUUAGUGUGAAGGCAUCUGAUCAAUCAAAACCUCGUGUGAAGACACUUGAACUAAUGAAAUUUAGUGUGAGUGCACCUGAGCUCAAAAAACCUAGUGUGAAGGCAAUUGAACCAAGAAAACCUAAUGUUAAGACACCUGAACCAAAUAAACUAAGUGUGAAGGCACCUGAUCCAAGAAAAUUUAAUUUGCAGAAAUCUAAACAAUUAAAACCUCGUGCAGAGGCACCUGAACAAACCAAAGACACCCAAAAUCAUCUCUAG